CUACCUCAGGAUGGACUUGGUCGAUCGGUUCUUGGAAGCGUAAGACGUUGCGUCAGGAUCCGUAAUACAGAUGUCAAACGACGCAGCCGCCUGCCGCUCCCACACGCCUCGAGCGACGAUGUCCGCCCUGACCCCACCCUCCCCCUCCUCUCCCUCCUUCAACACCACCUCCCGACGCACACCAGCGUCACCCCAUGCCAUCCCGAUCAGCUCGGCAAAAGUGUCCCGCAGCUCGUUGUGGAGACGAAUCAU